CGCCCACACAUUGGACGUGUGUGUCCACAUGAGGUGCUGCUCUCAGUGGCUCUCUCCCCUCCACCGUUUGUAAUGCUUGGCUGGAGCCUCCCACCCCUCCCACUGCCAACCAGAGCCAGGACUUCACCCUCCUCACUCUCCCUCAUGGUUGCUGCUGCGGGCUGACAGAGGAAGGUUGGACUGGACCAAGGUAGACGGCUGUCCUACGCAGUGAUGUUGCUGUGGUCACUGUGGAGUGCGAUAUUGCUGCUGGUCCCCCUUGAAGCUGCAGAGGAGGACAAUGUCCGAGCAGGCUGUAGCACAGCUGUCAAUGACCUGGUCUAUAUUGUCGAUGGCUCAUGGAGUGUCGGCUUCUCUGACUUUGACACGGCCAAGCAGUGGCUCAUCAACAUCACCAGGCGGUUUGACGUCAGCUCCCACUACACACAGGUGGCUGUGAUCCAGUACAGUGACACGCCUCGAAUGGAGAUUCCUCUGGGGCAACACCAGAGCGGAGCGAAGCUCAUCCAGGCCAUACAGAGCAUCAGCUACCUGGGAGGAAACACACAGACUGGCAGGGCCAUCAAGUUUGCCGUGGACCACGUCUUCGCCUCCUCCAACAGAGCCAGCCAGGUCAAAAAUCGCAUUGCCGUCGUGGUCACUGAUGGCAAAUCUCAGGACGACGUGGUGGAUGCCAGUGUGGAGGCCCGAGCUCAGGGCAUUACAGUGUUUGCUGUUGGAGUCGGCAGUGAGAUCACCACCUCCGAGCUGGUAUCCAUCGCCAACAGGCCGUCAUCUGCCUAUGUCCUUUACGCCGAAGAUUACACCACCAUUGACCUCAUUCAAGGUUCCAUGGAGCAGAAGCUCUGUGAAGAGUCUGUUUGUCCAACACGAAUCCCGGUGGCCUCUCGGGAUGAGAAAGGCUUUGAGCUGCUUCUGGGCAUGAACAUUCAGAAGAAGGCCAAGAAGAUCCCUGGCUCUUUGAUUUCGGAGGCCGCUUACGCUCUGACGGCCUCCACCGACAUCACUGAGGACACCAGGGACAUCUUCCCAGAAGGCCUCCCUCCUUCUUACGUGUUCAUAGCCACCCUGCGUCUAAAGGGGACUUCUAGCCAGCUGACCUUUGACCUUUGGAGGGUGCUGUCCAAGGAUAAGGAGAUACAGGUCGCAGUGACACUGAGUGGAAAGGACAAAAGUGUCGUCUUUACCACCACUAGCUUAACUGCAGAGGAGCAGAGAGUCACCUUCAGAGGCGUCCAGACUCUUUAUGACGGAAAGUGGCAUCAGCUCAAAGUCCUGGUGAGACAACGUCAGGUCAGCAGUUUCCUGGACGAUCUGCUGAUCCAGGAAGAACUGCUGGAACCGGUGGAGCCCAUCUACAUCAAUGGGGAGACCCAGGUUGCUAAGAGACGGGGAACCGACCUCCCUGUGGCCGUGGAGAUUCAGAAGCUUCGUCUGUACUGUGACCCUCAUCAGAGCGAGAGAGAAACGGCGUGUGAGAUCUACUCUGUGGACGAUGAAAGGUGUCCUCUGAAUCGAACAGCCACCGCGGACGAAGAAGACUGCAACUGUGUGGUUGGACUACAAGGGCAGCGUGGGGCGCCCGGUCCCAUGGGUGUCAGAGGGGAGACAGGGAGGGAUGGACCACCAGGGCCUGAUGGUGCGCCUGGUUAUGACGGGAAACCUGGGGAGUCUGGUGCUUCUGGAUCACCAGGAAUGAAGGGAGAAGGUGGUCCAGCAGGACCAAGAGGGGAGCCUGGUCUAGAAGGCAUCAAGGGAGAGCGAGGGGAACCAGGCUUAUCAGGAGACCCAGGACCCCCGGGACCCAAGGGCGAGAGAGGGGAACAAGGACCAGCAGGAGAAGCUGGACCAAUGGGGGAGCCGGGAUUAACAGGCACCGCUGGACCUGCUGGGCACCCAGGACCAAAGGGAGUGCAGGGUGCUGCUGGAGCUCAAGGCGCCCCGGGUGUCCAGGGUUCUCCUGGUGAAAAGGGCCCAGAGGGACUUCAGGGCGCGGGCGGCGUGCCGGGUCCAAGAGGACGACCUGGAACAAACGGGGCGCUGGGAAUCCAGGGAGCCCAGGGGCCUCAGGGGCCGCCCGGAGAGUUUGGCCCAGAUGGUCCCAAGGGGAGGUGUGGAGACCCAGGAGCCACCGGACCUGCUGGUCCACCAGGCCAGAAGGGCUCGGCAGGGGAGUCGGGGUUUCCAGGGCUGCCGGGUGCCACAGGACUGUCUGGGUUCAAAGGUCACAAGGGGGGGAAAGGAGAGACGGGCCCUGGAGGACGCCAGGGGGAGCGAGGCACAGAUGGAGAUCCAGGGACUCCCGGUGUACCUGGCGAAAGGGGAGCCAUGGGAAGGAAGGGAGAGACUGGAAUGACAGGUGACUCAGGCCACAGGGGGCCCGAAGGAAAGAAAGGGGACAUGGGCCACAUGGGACCUGCUGGUCCCAGGGGUUUUCUUGGUCAGGACGGGUUGCCGGGGCGACCAGGUCAACCGGGAUAUCCUGGGAAGCCUGGCAAGCCUCCCUCAGAUGAAUAUCUUCUGAAGCUGUGCACUGAUGUUCUGCGUAAUCAGCUCCCAGCACUGCUCCAGUCCUUGGCCCCUCCAGCUAGGUGUGAGCCCUGCCAGAGCAUGGAGGGACCUCCGGGGGAGCCAGGAGCACCAGGCACCAAAGGCUCCACGGGCCCUGCCGGAUACCCUGGCAGGAGGGGCACUCCAGGUUACCCCGGACAUUCUGGAAUGCAGGGUCCUGCAGGCCUAAAAGGUGAUAUGGGGCCAAGAGGGCUCAAAGGCAUUAAAGGAGAAGGUUACCAUGGACCUCCAGGACCACCUGGACAUCCAGGGAUUCAAGGUUCUCGGGGAUUCGAUGGAAUUGGCCAUCCAGGAAGCCAAGGUAUUCCUGGAAAACCUGGAGCACAAGGAGAUCCUGGUAAACGGGGCCAAGCAGGGCCUCCGGGGGUUUGUGAUGUUUCAAUAUGUUAUCAGACCUACAACCUCAGGGAACAUUACAGCAAAGGACCCAACGUCUGAUAACAUAGCAGUGUGGGAAGGGCUCCUGUGAAACAUUACCGAAUCCCUGAUGGACUGAGAGGCGCGUGACCGUUGGCUUCUCCAUGACUGUGUGUGGAGAACAUCUACACUGGAGGCAGAAAUAGCCUCGAUAGUCGACUUUAAGAAAAACAGGAAGGACAUUGGUUCAUGACUGGAAUUCAUGCUUAAAGGCGCUCAGCAGACUAGCCACCCAGCUUACUAAGAUACCAAGCAACUUGGCUUGAUACACUUUUAGACUGGCAAAGUAACAGUUUAGAGGGAGUGUUUUCAGUCAGAGGAGCAACAGUCACGUCACAUUUCAAUGCAACAUGCGUGCACAGAAAACUGAUGCAUCACCUCAACAGAACUAAAGAAAUAUUAAACAAAGUAAACCGUAUUAGAUGAACGAAAUAGCAAAGUUUGAAUGCAUUCCAGUCAAAUAAUCAUGCUUUUCUGUGUGGGCACGUGUGGCAAACAAAGGGGCCUCUUAAUUGAGACUCGACUGUGACUUUGUUGCUGUUGUUCUGUGCAGCGUGCUGACAUAUGAUUGGUUGCCUGGAUAAGCUUCCAAAUGUUUAUAUCUAUGAUGAAUUUCUCAUUCCGUCCAGUUGCUGCUUUCCCUGCUUCUUUUUACUGUCUCAUCAUGUUUACCCUUAUGAAGUUGAACAGUAGACUCUGCAGGGCGAUUCGGUAAAAUGUAUUUGAUUCAAUUCAGUUUGAUCCAGAGUUCGUGGCCAUGGUCACUGAUGCUGAACACUAUGUUCCUGAUGAGAAAUAAAACCGUAUAAAAGUACUACCUACUGACUUAUCAUAUAUUAAUAUCAUAAAGUUGGUUUUGUGUGUUAGCUCCUUACGUUUUUUCUAUGGAUGAUAAUGAGAUAGAAAAGAAAACCUUUUUUCUCUCACAGCUAGAUUGGGUAACCCUCUGUAACUUUUCGUUGGAUUGUGGUAGCCUUUUUCUGUUGUACUUGCUUCUUGGUAAAGGACCCUGGAAGGCUAAAUCCAGAUUAAGCAACAAUAACAUGUAAAGGUGUCCCUCUCCCUGUGAGUGUGCAGAGAAACAACAUGUUUGUAUUUUACAGGGACUAUUCUACUGUUUCUUACUAUUGUUGUUUUUGCUGUGCGUUUCCCUUUUAAAUGGUUGAAAUAUGAUUUUAAUGCGUGAAGAUAUCACACUAAACGUUUUUCCGUAUUGCUUUCUCUUUACUUUCUUUUGCAAGCAUUACAGCAUGUAAAUCUAAAGUGGUUUUAUACAAAUCACUAGACUUGAGUGAUUUCCAGCAGUACAUUGUUUGUCACAUCCAAAAGUACUAAAAAAGAUUGAUGACUCUUCGAUGAUUUAAUAUUCCUGAAACUUUCCCACAGUGUAAAAACCCUGUUUGGCCAUUCAUGUCCUUUGCAGAUCUUAAAAGGACCAAAUUAUAUCCAGUGCAACAUGUGCAUUCAGUUAUGAGCUAUGUUGAGUACAAAGCUGUUUUUUGGCAUCAAAGAGGUUCUGGAUGAACCUGGUUGGACACUGUUAGCUGUGCGGUAGUCUAGCAGCCUGUGCAGAGUGUACCCUGCUUUCGCCCAAUAUCUAAUUAGAUCUGCGCCUGGUCAGGACGCUGACUACGCCGCUUCAUUUUUAUGGAGAAUCUGCCCAAAAACUUGAUAAGAAAUACGAAGGUACGGUUGGGUAAACCACGGCUGUUGGUAGGGGAAAUUACAGGGACCGCAGCGUCAGACUCGUGUGUUUCACACCCUCUAACCUGAACAUAUGUGCAGCGCUACAUCACUGUCAGGUAAUCAUGUAACUGUGCUUUCUGCUCCCGUGUCCAGUUGUUCACUGCAGAACAUUCCAUACUGUGUGAUUCUCAAAUUCAUAUGAUGUCAAGGAUUUGUCGUCUUUAGUUCUUUGACCCGAGUUUUACUCUCGAGUGUUUAAUUUAUUACUGAAGUUUUCAGUGGUGAAUAAACUUCACGAGGAGACACUUGUGUGGAUUAUGUUGCCCUUCCCCUGUAUUUGAAAUGUAUUGAAAAAGUAAUUCCUAAUCUUUUAAACAUUAGGUCUAAAAUACAUAAUAAAUACUGUUAGCUGUGUGUGUGUAAUAUAAAUAUAAAUAUAUAUAUAUAUAAAUCAAUUUCUAUGUAAAAAGUGUGUGGUUGUAAAAUAAUGUUAUUUUGAAAUAAACCUCAAUUAUAUAACAGUGA